GCCACGACCACAGUGCACGAGAAAUAUGAGAAUGAAUCGCCCACGCGCUGAUUCAGCUUCACGUGUUGACCAUGCAAACUCAGUGAUGUAAACUUUGCUUCACAUUCUUCCUUACAUAUGUCUCAGAUAUCUCUAAUCUGCUAUAAACUGCCUACGCAUCCAGCUUGCCUGUGCUCUGUCUGACAGACUCUGCACCAAACUGCGCUCAGAUUUUUCUCUAUUUAACAUUUCCCUGCUGACUGGUGGACUUGCUCACACAUUUUUAUGUGAAUAAGAUCUUUAUAUGGGAUAUUAGAAACCAUUAUUUAGUUCGGCAUACGCACAAUGUUUGAAACAGCUCUUCAUUCGUGUAAAAUUAUGAAUUGUGUAAUUGGUACGCCAGAUGUUCUCCAAUGAAGAUGCACUGUCGAAGGCGGAUAUAAAAACACUAGGGGUCGCAUCAUAAAUGUUACAUAUUAUCGCGGAAAAUGUUGUUUUUGUUGAUUUCAUUCAUGCCGAAUUAAAAAGGGAGCACCAGUGAUGGGAAAGGAUAUUGACUAAUGCAAUGUGAGUCAUGUAUUUUGACCGAUGAACGAGUCCCAUAUUAAAUCGCCGUACGUUUAAACGGACCACGUCACAGAGAUGGGUUAGUCUGUAGUCUACUCAUCUUUCCCCCAGGAGGCUCUGCUUCCCAGCCCCUUUGUUCAGUCUAGCCGGUGGGUUGAGUCACAGGGAGGCUGUGCUAACCCAACAUAUCCACACACACACAUACACACACAGUGGGAACCGACAAGAGCAAGAAGAGACCGACAAAAAAAAGGGAGAGAUUAUCCAGGAGUACAGCGUUUUUAAUCAGACCGCCAGACAGCAGGAAAAGUUGGUUUUCAGUGUUGCUGAUGCUGCGUUUCGUUUCGGAAACCAUCGGGACUCGUGUGCCAGUGUCCGGCCACUAAAACGGCGAUUCAUGUCGAUUAUCUGCGCUCUUUGGUAGCUGCUGUAGCUCUCAUCCUGAAAAUGAACCGGCGGGCCUGCUGCUAAACCAUCACCGGUCUGUUGCUCAGUCUGUGCAGUUGUUGCCAUCAUCCACUGAUCCACGCUGACUCCCCUUUCAGUUUCUGCUCAGCAUCCAUAUUUGCAUCCCAGGGAGUGGCAACCACUGAUCCCCCCCUUUCCCUGGCAAGAAAAUUCAAAGUUGGCCGCUUCUCGGACACUCCUCGGGCGCUUUAAUUUCACAUAGGAAGCAGCUAAACAUGGAGAGCGACAGCCACCGCUCCCGCAUCUAGUGCCUGAUCCACAAGCCUUCAUCACCCAGGGAGGAGCUCUCAGGUCCUGGCCGUCUCCCUGCUACUGUAGAAUGAAUAUGCUCAAAUCCAGUGGACUGAAAAUCCCUGGCCGCGGGCCCAAGCAUUCCAGCCCAGUGGGAAGGACCUCAGCGGGUGGAACCUCUAGCCCUGUUGUCCCCAAAGACAAUGCUCCACUCAAGCCUAUCACACCAACUAAAAUCUCAGAAGAAGGCGAUGAUGUUUUGGGGGAUUACACAGUGGGUGAGCAGGUCUGGGUCAACGGUGUCAAACCAGGAGUUAUUGCCUACCUAGGGGAGACCCAGUUUGCCCCGGGACAGUGGGCAGGCGUGAUACUGAAUGACCUAGUUGGCAAAAACGAUGGUUCAGUGGGCGGCGUGCGCUACUUUGAGUGCCAGCCCCUCCAGGGCAUCUUCACGCGACCCUCGAAGCUCAACCGACAGCCAGUGGGAGAGGGGAGCGACAGCCACUCCACUGACUCACUCUCUGCCCAGAAUCAGACUCAGCAAGGCGGCAGUGGUGCCCCUCCUGGCCAGCGGGUGGUAGUGCCACUCAGAGAGGGCUUGCUCAACAGCGCCGUGAAAACGGGCAACGAGUCGGGGUCCAACAUGUCUGAUAGUGGUUCGGUUAAGAAAGCUGGAGAUAAGGAUCUUCGAGUGGGAGAUCGAGUUUUAGUUGGAGGCUCUAAGAUGGGAGUCAUACGCUACAUGGGGGAGACAGAUUUCGCCAAGGGUGAAUGGUGCGGGGUUGAGCUGGAUGAGCCCCUGGGGAAGAAUGAUGGAGCCGUAGCUGGUACAAGAUACUUUCAGUGUCUUCCCAAGUUUGGCCUCUUUGCUCCGAUCCAUAAGGUGAUCCGCAUCGGCUUCCCCUCAACCAGCCCGGCCAAGGUGAAGAAGAGCAAGCGAGUGGCCAUGGGAGUUUCCUCUCUGGCCCACAGCCCCAGCAGCUCCUCCAUCAGUUCAGUCAGCUCGGUGGCCUCCUCUGUGGGUGGACGACCGAGCCGAGCUGGACUGCUGACAGAAACAUCGUCACGCUACGCCCGGAAGAUCUCGGGUACCACCGCACUCCAGGAAGCCCUGAAGGAGAAGCAGCAGCACAUUGAGCAGCUGCUGGCCGAGAGAGACCUAGAGCGAGCCGACAUGGCCAAGGCCACCAGCCACAUCUGCGAGGUGGAGAAGGAGCUGAGCGCCCUCAAGACCCAGCACGUGCAGUAUGUAACAGAGAAUGAGAAUACCCUCCAGCAAGUCAAAGCCAUGUUGGCCAGCACACAGAAAGAUAAACUGGAACUGGCCAAUCAGCUUGAAGAAGAGAAAAGGAAAGUGGAGGACCUCCAGUUCAGGGUAGAGGAGGAAUCCAUCACCAAAGGAGACCUAGAGACUCAGACAAAAUUGGAACAUGCCCAUAUUCGUCAGCUUGAGCAGAGCCUGCUCCUCGAAAAGUCGAGAGCAGAGGCGCUUCAGAAAGAAUUAGAGAAGAGGAGGGGAAGAUGCACUCAUGAUGCAGUAUCCUUGAGGUUGGGUAAGAGAACCAAGCAAACCACAGUUGAAGAGCAGAGUCGCAUCAUGCAGCUGGAGGAGGAACUCAGCCUCAGUAGAGCUGAGAUCGCAAGCCUUCAAGUUCAACUCAGAGUCCCCGACUCGAGCUCCCAACAAGCCAACGACAGCGACGCCACCCCGGGGUCUGACAUCAAGCCAGAGACCCUCCUCCUGCGAGAGCAGCUGCUGUCAGCGGGCCGCGAGCACUACAAGGAGAGCAGCGAGCUUAAAGAGAAGUACGAGACGGCAUUAUCAGCAAGCCAACAGGAGGUAGAAACGCUGAAGGUGGUGGUAGAUAAACAGAACCAGGAGAUCAGUGAGUUGAAGCAGAAAAUCCAACAGGCCACCAAGGAAAACAUGGAAAUGAUGGACACCUGGAAGUCCAAAUUUGACAUGUUAGUGAGCGACCACCAGAGAUCUUUGGACGAGCUGAAAGCCUCACUGAGUAGUGAUCACACUACUCCAGCAGGACCAGAGCAGGAUGCUCAGGAGAUGAGAACAUCUCUGGAGAGCCUGAAGAUGGAGCACCAGCUGGAGAUGGAGAAUCUCAAGGCCAAACACACGAUCGAAGCCGCCAUUUUGACAAAGGAACGUGAAGACCUCAGCGCUCGUCUGCAGGAGGCCAAAGACCAGCUGGCCGAGGGAAACCAGACAUGGAGGACCGAGGUGGAGGCCAAAAGCGGAAAGCAAGCCCUGGAGGACGCUACAGCUAAGCUCCAGAAGGCGGAGCAAAGGCUGGCAGAGAUGGAAAAUCUUCAGAUGGAGCAGGACAAAAGCACGGAGGGGCUGAGAGAGAGACUGGAGCUGUCAGAGAAGAAGAUGAUGGACUACCAGGCCCUGCAGAAGGCCCAGGCAGAGAGCCAGGAGGAGAUCCAGAAACUGGAAGAGAAGCUGAGGGUGACAGCGAACCAGCUCCAGGCCAUCCAGGCAGACCGCUACACAUCCCAUGAUGCAAAUGUGAUAGAGGAUAAUGAAAUUUCAGAUGAGAAGAUGAAGCUAAAACAGAAUAUCGAAGAAACAAUGGAGAAGUUGCUGAAACGGGAAAAAGAGGUCUCCACUCUCACUUCCCAGGUUGAAGCCCUCAAAUCACAAAUCGGAGCGAUGGAGGGUAAAGUUCGCUCAGGGGAGAAGAAGGCUGAAAUCCUGGCCAAGGAGAAGAUGCGUGUGGAGGCGGAGCUGGAGUCCAUGACCAGGAAGUCCCACGAUGCCUCUGGGCAGCUGGUCAGCAUCAGCCAGGAGCUGCUGAAGAAAGAGAGGAGUCUGAACGAGUUGAGGGUUUUGCUCCUGGAAUCACAUCGCCAUUCACGAGAUAUGGAGAAAGACCUGAACCGAGAAGUGCACAAGGCCGAGUGGAAAGUCAAGGAGCAGAAACUCCAAGAUGACAUCAAGACCCUGCGAGAAAAACUUCUUCAUCUGGAUCGGGAACGGUCUUCACCUGACCACCGGCGAUACUCCAUGCUGGAACCCUCAGCCCUGGACUCAGAGGUGAACCGCCUGCGCCAGCGGCUGCUUGGCACUGAGGAGGCCCUGAGAAACGCCCUGGAACACAACCAGCAAGUCGACCAGCUGGUCCAGGCCAUGGGCAGGCGUCCAGAGAAAAGCCCGGUGCACGGCGCUAAUUCAGCCAAUGGAAUUCAUCAUCAGGAGUCAGACAGUCCUCGAGAUGUUGGAACAACACUGAUAUGAGCAAAAGAGAUGAGACUGAACUGGGACAUGCAGAGGUACAUCUUAAAAGGAAAACCUUGUCCAACAUUUCGCCUGAUCCUGCGAUGGACAUCUGAAGAAAAUUUCAGUUUACAGUUAAAACCAAAACAGUGAAUCUCUAUCUCAAGUGAAAUUAUGUGAUGUUGCAGAAAGCACCUAUUAACCCAUCAUGAGGACCGCUUACAGUACUAUAAAAUAUAGACAAGAAAUGGGACAUGGAAAUGAAGAGAUAUUAUCGGUACAACUCCUGAGAACAUAAUGGCAACUUCUGAUGCUUUACAGUAGUUAGAAAGUUUGAAUCUACAAGUUGCCGGAAACUCUUUGACAAUUCUGAAUUUUCAUCCGGAGGGCGAAAUGGCUGAUGGACGUCGAUGUGAAGAACUGAACUGGGUCUCAGUCGCUUUGUUUGUUUUAUUUAUUACUUUUACUUUGCUCCUCAGCAUUGUAAUAAUCAUCUAUAGGUGAGCUGUCUUGGCCAGUGACACUCAGAGAAACUCUUGAAGGAUGACACUGACGUUUUUUUAAGGGAAUUUGGCUCAUUUGUCACCUUAUUUAAUACCUGAUGAGAGGAUUGGUAGCAAACUCAUCACAGUUAGCUCUGUCCAGUGUUCACACUCCUGCUUUAGUGCACAAAUUGAUGAAGUAAUUGAGGCUGACUAGUAUUAUUGGGAAAAUUUGUCUUUUUAGUAUCAAAACAGUUGAAGAAAAAGUUAUUAUUUCAUCCCCUGUGGUGCACAGAGGCUUUGGUUAGAUUGAAUCCAUUUACAAUAGAUUACAACAGUGAGCAGUUUGUGUUGGAAAAAAACUGGGUGAAAAUGUCUCAAAACCAUAAAAACUUCUCAACCAAUCCCCACAACAUAAUGAAACUCUCCACUUUCCAUGUAUGUGCUAAGUAUGUUCUGCACACUAUAUAUGUCAAGGAGUAAAAUUAGCCAAAUUGUUUUUUGCUAAAAUGUGGCUAAAUACACUGGCUCUGUUUCAAUUUGUAGAUUUAUGACACAAAGAAAAAAAUUCUGUCUUUAUGGCUUUAAAAAGUCAGUUAUAACUGAAGUGCACAAAAACAUUUGUUGUACGGCAAACAUCAGCAGCAACUUACCUCUGAAGUAUCCUGAAGAAAAAUCUUCUAAAUAAAAACAUUUCAAGUGUAGAUUCAGGUGUUCAAGUAAGCAAUCAUGCACAACAAGGUGUCUGGAUAGAAGAAAAAACACGGAGAAAGAGGAGGCAAUUUAAGAGAUUGAGAGCACACUUACAGAAACUCAAGGCACACUUGAAGAAAACACCACACGAUAAAUGAAAGUCUGAUCUCUUUUUCGUACAUGUAGUGUCUUUGAUUUAACCCUUAGUGUAACUACUAAAGCAUCAGUGCUGAUGCUAUGGUUACAUGCAGUCUAAUAUAGGCUGAACCACCAUGAGCACCAAUUUAAAACCGUGGUUAAACUUGUUGAUCGGCAUUAAGUUUGAAGUGUUGGAACAAAAUAAAUCAAACACAAAUGCAAAUAUAACACAAAUUAGCAUACAGCCUCAGAGCUGUUACCAAUCCUUGUGAAUCACCAACAACUGCUUUCCAUACUGUACUCUGAAUCCUCACACUAGCCGAGAGUUAUCUGUGAUUGGACUAACAGACAUUAUUUCAAUCACAAUCCUACCUUCAGGUAUGAGCUAAAGUGGUCCUUGAGCCAAACCCCUAAAAAGUGGUCUGAGCGGUCCUUUUUAGCCAUUGCACAACAGUGGACUCCCUGCUAGGACUGAAGAUUGAUAUUCAUGAACCUGGGAGGCCUGCUGAAUUAAUCUCUGAGCGAUGUUACAGUAUGUUUAUAGAAUGAAUAUAGUGAAUUAUUCCAGACUUUUGCAUUCUCUAAAACUCUGUCCGACCCUGUACCAAUACACCUCCUACUCUGUCAGUAAUGAUCAGCUAUUUUAUUUACUGUGGCCUAUAUAUCAGUACAAACUCCAUCCAUAAACUAGUAUUAAUUAACUAUAAAUAUGAGACAUAGCGGCCCUGUUUGAUGCUCAUUUGAGCCCAUUUUGAUGCUGUAUGAAAAUGUCCCUGGAUUACUUUACUGACCUUUUGUUAACUGAAGGGCUGUCACAGGAGCUAAAACCCAAACAAUGGAUGUUGGAUGUUCCACUCAUCCUCCCCCAGGUUGACAACAUCUGGAUUUUAUUUGCAAAAAAAGAAAAGUGUUAUCAACACGCUUAGAAUUUAUAUUGUAAGUCUUCCAAAUGUUGUUUCAUCCAUUUGUCAACUAAACUAGAUCCUGUUUGUAGUUGGUCACAGAUUGCUAUUGCUUUACUGGAGACAUUACACAGAGGUGAGUGUGUGGUGAUGAAAGCUCGGAGUGGUGUCUCAACAUGUAGGGCCGGCGCUGGUCAGUUAAGAUAAAACCCAAAUUUUCCAUUGGAUAUUGUACUUGGCCUUUUCAGCUGGAGGGUUCAUACCCUUUGGAUUAUUGCUGCAAUGGUUUUGGAGAUUGAGUCAUUAAAUAUUAACAAUGUGGGCAAGG